GCAGAUCUCUGUAACGAAAGGAUUUUUUUUUUUUUUUCUUUUUUCUGAGUGCUGUUUGUUCUUGCUCUUUUUCCGUUUCAAUGGAGAUUCAUAUUCAGGCUUCGUUGUCUUCGCGUUCAUUAUCUGAAUCUGAAAUUUCUGCUUCCGAUAAUACAGAUGCUGCGGAUCGUGAAUCUGGGAAUUUCGGGUGCUCGCAUUAUCGGAGGAGAUGCAAAAUUAGAGCGCCCUGUUGCGAUGAGAUCUUUGACUGUAGGCAUUGUCACAAUGAAGCGAAGAACUCCCUUGAAUUGGAAACUCUUGACUCACAUGACGUUCCUCGCCAUCAAGUUCAGAAGGUUAUCUGUUCCUUGUGUGAUACAGAACAAGAUGUUCAGCAGUACUGCAUGAACUGUGGAGUCUGUUUUGGGAAGUACUUCUGCAGCAUAUGCAAAUUCUUUGAUGAUGACGUUUCAAAGAAUCAAUACCACUGUGAUGAAUGUGGAAUCUGCAGGACUGGGGGGAAGGAAAAUUUCUUCCACUGUAAGAGAUGUGGAUGUUGCUAUUCGAAUUUAAUGAAAGACGGGCAUCGUUGCAUCGAAAGAGCAAUGCAUCAUAGCUGCCCUGUCUGCUUUGAGUUUCUAUUUGACACAACAAAAGACAUCAGUGUCUUACCUUGUGGCCACACCAUGCAUUUGAAAUGUGCUAAAGAGAUGGAGUCACAUUUCCAGUACUCUUGCCCUGUAUGCUCAAAGUCAAUCUGUGACAUGUCUAGGUUGUGGGCAAAGCUUGAUACAGUGAUUGCUUCAACACCGAUGCCUGAUAUGUACAAAAACAAGAAGGUGUGGAUUCUAUGUAAUGACUGUGGUGCAGAAGGUGAAGUUCAAUUCCAUGUGAUAGCUCAUAAAUGCUUGGACUGCAAGUCCUACAACACCAAACAGACAAUAGGAAGAGGACCUCCUGCUUCUUGCUCAUCGACAGCGGUGACCGAGAUAGUGAGAUAGACUUUCCUGCCAAAAGAAGUUUUAAGAGGCGAAAUUCUUGGUCUUGCUCGCCACAUUAUGGUUAUCUUAUCAUAAUCAUAAUAAGACUAUUGCACCAAGUAAGCUUGGGUCAAAUGGUUCUCAAGACUAGAAUGGGAUCGCACUACCAAAUGUCACCGUUCCUCAUGGCAUGUGUAUAUAUGUAAAUUUGGAUGGAUUUAUGUGGUUUUAAGGUUCUAUUUGGCUGCUCGUUCCAAUCUU